AUGAAACGAAUAAAAAAGCACAGAAUUAAGCAGGAAAUGCCUGAAUCGUCCCAAAUGAGGAAGGAGGAGCACGACUUGGCUUAUUUCAUUCACGACAGAGUGGAGUUAAUGCAUCAGGUUUUCUCCGUUUUGAAACAGAAAGAAAUAAAGGCUAUGGCCCCGCAGUGCGUACAACAUAUAUCCCUUGAUGAUUUGCAAGAGUUAUGCACUGAAGAGCUCCUUGGCAUAAGUUCAAAGCGCCUUUGUGCAAUUCUGGAUGGAGCUGACCCGCCUUCAAACACAGAUUCCUCUAGCUCUUCUCCAGAACGAUUGGAGGUCAUUUCGCUUGACAGCAUAUCGUCUGAUGAUGAGAUUUUGAGUCAGGACAGUUCAAAGAAGAGUAAAAAGCACAGGCAUCGCCACUCAAAGAAGAAACAAAAGAAGAAGGAAUCUCCGAGGUGUGAAGAAGAGAAUAAUAAGGCUUCAAGGGCUGGUCUGACUGUGCUUGAAUUGCUGGAAUUGCAGGCGAGGGCUCGGGCCAUAAGGGCUCAGUUACAACAGCAUCAAAUGACUGUUCCAGCUGAACAGUCAGAGGGCCAGGACACGCAACUAUCUGGGGAUGAUGAUGAAGUGGUGAUCAAGGAGGAGGCGCCGGAAGUAGUGGAGAUUAGCAGUGAAGAUGAAAAGCCUAGUGCGAAUGAGUUGGAGAAACAAUUACAAAUUCUUCAAAAAACCAGGGAAACCGCGAUGGAAGAAACUGCGAAAAAAAUUACAAAACGUGUCAACGAUCUCAUAAUAACAGUCCCACAGACUAAAACGACACGAAAGAUAAAGCUUAACCGCUCCAAAUCGACCAAAAAUGAUGAAUCAGUUAGUCAAAUGCCUGAAGUAGUACCCCCUACUGAUACCAUAGAAACAGUUAAAAUUAAAGAUCCAAAGGACAAGAAGAACAAGCGACAGCAGAAGAAGAAAUUCAAAAGGAAACAAAACGACGGCAGUGAUCACGAUGAGAUUACACUGCAAUUAUCGGAUUCAGAGAAAAUGGACCUUUUAGAAGAUUACGAUAGAAGAGCAUCCACAGAAGAUUCAGAAAGCAGUUUGUCCGAGUCUAGUACAAGUAGUGUCAGUGGGGUUAAAUCUUCUGCAAUUAUUAAAAGUGCUGAAAGUAGCAUUGUUGCUAGCAAAGUUGAUCAAAAUGUUUUGUCUGUGGCAGAAAGUAAUGAUACAAAUGAAGAGGUUUCACCUACUAUGGACAGUUUUGCAGAAUUUACUAAAAGUAUUGAAGCUACUAACAGUAGUGGUUGUAAAGAAACUGCUGAGACUGAAGGUAGUAAUAACAUAGUAGAGUCGCAUAGUGAAACUAUAGAACCUGAUAAAGCAUCUAAUAUAGGUAUAAAAGAAACAACAGGUAUAGACAAAAUAGAAUGUAGGGAUAGUGAAGACAAUACCAAUACAACACAGGAAUUGAGCAUAAACGCAGAAGAUGGUGAAAUUAUUAAUAAAGAAUUAUCUGAUGGGGAAUUAUCUGAAGAGAGUCCAGAAGUUAAAGAAAGUACAACGGCAGUAGUGUGCAUAUCGGACGAUGAGAAGAAAUCUAAAAAGAAGAAGAAAAAAGAAAAGAAAUCGAAGAAGAACAAGAAAUCGGAUUUUCGCGAAAAUGCAGAUCUGAACUUUUAUUCUCAAUCAAUACCUAGAACUAAUUCCAAUAAAAAUGAAGAUAGAUCCUCAGAUAACAUCCAUAAAGAAUCAAUAGAUUCGACAGAUGCAACAUUUGUUAAAUCAAACCUACAAAAAGAAAAUUCCAUAGAUGAUGUGUUUGAGUAUUUGGAACUGUCCGACGAUUCGUCGUGCUAUGAGGUCGAGGGUCUCUCAGUCUCCAAAGAACCAACAGCAGAAGAAAUAGUCGCCUUAUCAGCGAAAAUCGAUGAAAUAGAAACGGUCGAUGCCGUUGCAGAAGAAGAGAUACAAGAACACGAACAUAGGAAUGAAAUAGAAAAUAUCUCUUGGAAGGAUAGAUACUUAAAAAGCAAAAAAGUGACAAAUGUGUUAAAUACGGCAAAUAUUCUCAAUGCACUGCGCAAGAAAAACAAAGAAUUAAAAAAGAAGAUUGAAGAAAACAAAACCGAGGGACAAGCUGUGAUACCCGAAAAAGUCCUACCUGAAAUUAAUGAAAUAGAAGAAGGAUCUAUAGAUCAUUACAACACGUUGCAAGGUUCUACGAAAUUCGUAGAUCCUGUGAAACACGCUGAACCCGUCACCAAGGAAAUGGAGAAGGACGCAAAACAGCUUUUGAAAAUGUACAAAAAGCUUUUAAAAUACAACGAUAUGAACAAAACGAAAGAUCCUGGCAAGAAAAAGAAGAAAAAACAGAAGAAGAGCAAAGAAAAAGAUAACGACCUUGUUAUUAAGGCAAACGUCCACACCGACAUAUCUGGUUCGCCCGACAUAUCCCUCAGUCGCAGCGUUGCCGCCGGGUUGAGCUCUGCUUAUCUGGAUAUUCCGUUUCGCUCGAAGAGUUCUUCGGGCAAACCACACGAGUAA